AGUAACAGUAGCGUUGCCAUUCAUCGAAGUUUUGAAGUGUUGGUAGAGAGGAACUUAUGGGGUUCGAAAGGGAAACGGGGAAAGCCGUGUGAUGACUCAUGUCGUGACUUAACAUUUUCCUCCUGCUCCGUGGCGCGUGGAAUGGUUCGUAAAACACGCGUGGAAAGUGCAUCAGGCAGGGGAAAAAAACCGGCUCCGGGUAGUUUUACCAUUAAUUGCGUCACUUGUCCAAAAAUAGUCUAAGUGCGGGAAUCCCCUGAUGGAGUGGAAAGAAGAUGUCCACUUGCGAAAUCCCAGGGGUGAAAAGGAAAAGGGGUUUAUGGGGGAACACCUGGGUAUUGGGUCUGGGCAUAGGGGAACAAAGUUGGGCCGGAUGGGGUAUAAAACACCGGGAUGACUCCGGAUUGAAUCAUUCAGUCCGCAUCAUCGGUUCAGGAGCAACAGGUGUUUCAUCAAUCACCUAAAAGGAGUAUCUCCGAGUAUAUCUGCCAGCUUCGUGAUAGCCAUGUCUCCACUGUGCAAUGUCGCCACAAUUCUACUCGUCCUUUCCAUGCUGUCAUCGUCAAGGAGUCUCGUCAUUCGUCGGGACGCACCACCUGAAGAGACCACCUCCGUUACUAUGAGAACGAGGCCACUCGAGGUCAUGACCUCUAGGACUAGUGACCCAGCUUUGGGUCAGGUGACCGACGCCCCCAAUCAGCUGCCAGUCCUCUGGGAGUCUUCGGAGAGUUCAGAGGUCAAUAACAUUCCAGGGGCAUUUCCCAUAGAUUACGAGGAGGAAGGUGAUAGUCAGCUCGGCUUUUUUGACUCACAAAUCCAAGACGAGGAUGUGGAUAUCCACUCAACUGAAGCAACGACUGUGGACUCGACCACAACUUCAACAGUCGCAUCCACAACACCAACAAACAUACCUACAACAUCUCAUGAGACAUUCACAACUUCUCAAACUGAAGCUGUGACGUCAUCAAUCGAGGCUGUGACGUCAUCAACCGAAGCUGUGACGUCAUCAACCGAAGCUGUGACGUCAUCAACCGAAGCUGUGACGUCAUCAACCGAAGCUGUGACGUCAUCAACCGAAGCUGUGACGUCAUCAACCGAAGCUGUGACGUCAUCAGCUUCGCUUACCAGAAACAGCUCGGCGACACCUCGCGAGAACUGCAGCAGCGGCGCGGAUACCAGCCAAACUCAGCCGGAACCCCACGUGACGCUGUGCCAGGAGCCGCCCGAGCACCAGCUGCGGCUGAACUUCAAGCGCAACAACCAGCACCUGAAGUUUCCCGCGCUCGCCAUCCUGCCGCAAGAGGUCGCCCCACACCAGGAGGCGGGGCCAGUGGUGGCUCCGCCCGUGGAGGAGUAUGUAAAUUUGACCUGCCCAACGGAGUUGCUCCACGUCAGCGGCAUUGAUGACGUCAACAAGAGGAGUUUGUGCCCAUGGACGUAUGUUGCUGAUGUCGACCCUGACCGUUAUCCGAGCACGAUUCAGAUCGCCAAGUGCCGUUGUCCCAGAUGCAUUGACACAUCCCUGGCGCAAGAGGGCGCUUUCUCCAACGAGAACGACUGUCAUCAAGUCUUGUUUCGCAUGAAGGUGCUGCGCCGCGGGCCGUGCGUCAACGGAAUGUACAUGUACCAUAACGUGUACCAGGACAUCCCAGUAGCCUGUGCGUGCCUUCGCCCAAAGGUUUUGUGAAUCACGAGGUACACUGAAAACAAUGACGUCAUCAGGACUGACACCGAGGCUCUCUUUCAGACUCCGAACCUGUCGUUACUAUUUCUGUCAAGCAUCACGGAACAGACUGGCCGAGGUGUGUUUGUGGUGAUUUACAUUUUUAUACGAGUUUAUGGUUUUGUCCGAAGUCUUUUUAAAGUCGUUGUAGAGUUUUGCGCUCAAUCCAAAGAUAGUUUAACGCAUUUGUUUACGGACUCGUGUGAUGUAGAGGGUUGCCUAGCAACGAGGGUGUUCAUUAUAAAACUCAACAGUUACAAAUCAGUGAACGAGGAUUUACAAGCGUGUUAAUGAUUGCUGCAGUUUAAAACAGUUUGAAUAAAUGAUCUGUCAUCGACUAUAUUUUAUGGAUGUUUACCAAAGAAAACUUCAGAAGAAUAUUUUAUUUGUUAUAUUCUUCAAAGACUAUUCUCUGCCAAACAGCAACAAUCGUUUUAUUUAUGCAAUGGCUUACAAUCCUCAAGAUGUUAUCAAUGUUAAGACUUUAGAAUUCAAUUUAUAUUGCUUAUGGUUAUCACUAUAUUAUUUCUGAAUAUUUAUUGAUAUAAACAACAUCGAUACGUAAUUCCAAAUAUUGUACAGUAAGAUGAUGAACAAAAUAUUGACUGUAAAUUAGAAUUCAAUUUAAAUUCUUAUUUUUUUUACUAUACUAUUUAUGAAUAUUUAUUGAUAUAAACAACAUCAAUACAUUAAUUCUAAAUAUGAACAGUAUGUUGAUGAACAAAAUAUUGAGUGUAUACUAUUUUUUCUAGAGAUAAUCUAUAUUAUUUAACAUGUACGGUUUCUAUUUAUCAUCAAUUUUCGCUGAGCGAGUUAUUCCAUUUCAAAAAAAUAAUAUUCGGAAAAGUAUUUUUUGUUGAGAUAUUCUUGAGUUAUUAAUACUUCUUAUCAUUUUUCGCAGAGCGAGUACAAACAUGUUGAAGUAAUGAAAAAAGUACUUCUUAUAACUUUUCGCUGAGCGAGUACAAACAUAUGUUUAAGUAAUGAAAAAAAUAGCAAUGUUGAUAUUUAUUUAAGAACAUUCGUGUUACUAUGUUUGUUUGAAGAUAUUCGAAUUUGGAAUUGACAUUAAUUGACUUGUCAAUAACAGAUGCUAAUCAAUGGUUUCUGUUUUACACAGAGAAUUCAAUUUACCAAGUAAUGGUGUUAAGAGUAAGCCCGUUUUAUGGGCAGCAGUGUACAAAUAUUGUUGAAAAAAAAGUUCUUUAUUUAUUAUA